UCUAUCUAUCCCUCUGGCUCAUAUUAAUUCAAAGUUCAAACCGCACCAAGACACAAGGAAGAUAUCUCUCAUGCAAGUAUCUUGGGUGAGGAAUUGAAAUGGGGUUGAUAGUCAUCACAAUGCUGUGUUUUGUCCUUCUCACUUUGACAACCGCUUGUGCUUCCCUCCAAGCCCAGCUGCACUCACUUCAUCCACAAGACCAGGAUCCCGGCCUUCUUCUUACCAAACUGCCAAGGAAGCUGAGGUUGCUUGAGGAGCCCAUGGUUCAAAGAAGGUAUAUGGUCGAAGACUUCAUAGCAGACUACAAACAAAAGGGAGCUCUGCUUUCAGGUAAGAUAAACACGGUAGGCGUGAGAGUGAGAGAUGGAAGACAAGGGACGAGGCAGAAAUGGGUGGAAGGAGCAGAAGCGUGGCAAUUUUUUACAAUGGACUACGCCAGAGUGAGAAGACGGAGGCCCAUACACAACAAGGCCGUACCAGUUGGGCUUAGACCAUGAAUCAAGGGUCUGUGCUGUGGUUCCCAAGAACAUACGUAUAUAUAUAUAUAUCGAUCAAAGUGUAGAAGAUGAGAUGGGGUUCAUUGUUAUAUAUUUAUUAUAUAUUAAUUGAGAGUGUAGUUAGGGAAAUGAGGAGGGUGUCGUCCUGAAACCGUGUUGUGGCCGACAAUAGGGACCAAAACCCUAUAAACAGUUGUUGCAAGUUGCAACCAAGGUUUGCUUCUUGGGACGAUCCUGCUCAUGCAAUUUUGAGUUUGUAUCAGCUCUCUCCUUUUUGUGGUUUCUAAGUUUAAUUUUUGAAAGUAUCAAAGGGGCUCUCA